AUGUACGUCAUAGACUGUGGUUACUGCAAACUGAAGGUGUACAACCCCAGGAUUGGUAUGGAUGCGCUACAGAUAUACCCCGUGAGCCAGGCGAACGCCCGGCAGCGGGCGGGGCGCGCGGGGCGCACGGGCCCGGGCAAGGCGUUCUGCCUGUACACGCAGCGGCAGUACCAGCGCGAGCUGCUGCCCGCCACCGUGCCCGAGAUACAGCGCACCAACCUCGCCAACACCGUGCUGCUGCUCAAGUCGCUCGGCGUCGAGGACCUGCUCGCCUUCCACUUCAUGGACCCGCCGCCGCAGGACACCAUACUGAACUCGAUGUACCAGCUGUGGAUCCUGGGCGCGCUGGACGGCACGGGCGCGCUGACGGCGCUGGGCCGCCAGAUGGCGGAGUUCCCGCUGGACCCGCCGCAGUGCCACAUGCUCAUCGUGGCCGCCGAGAUGGGCUGCAGCGUGGAGGUGCUCAUCAUCGUAUCGAUGCUCUCGGUGCCGUCGGUAUUCUACCGUCCUCAGGGCCGCGAGGAGGAAGCUGACUCCGUCAAGGAGAAGUUCCAGGUGCCAGAGUCUGAUCACCUCACCCUCCUGCAUCUGUACAACCAGUGGAAGGCCAACAAGUAUUCGAGCCAAUGGUGCACGGAGCACUUCGUGCACGCCAAGGCGAUGCGCAAGGUGCGCGAGGUGCGCCAGCAGCUGAAGGACAUCAUGCAGCAGCAGCGGCUGCCGCUGCGCUCCGCGGCCACCGACUGGGACACCGUGCGCAAGUGUAUAUGCUCAGCGUACUUCCAACAAGCGGCCCGCUUGAAGGGCAUCGGCGAGUACGUGAACUGUCGCACGGGCAUGCCGUGCCACCUGCACCCCACCUCCGCGCUCUUCGGCCUCGGGACCAGUCCGGACUACGUGGUGUACCACGAGCUCAUGAUGACCAGCAAGGAGUACAUGCACUGCGUCACCGCCGUCGACGGACGGUGGCUCGCCGAACUGGGCCCCAUGUUCUUCUCGCUGAAGGAGACCGGCAAGUCCAAUCGUGACAAACGUAAAGAAGCAGCCGUUCACUUGCAACGGAUGGAAGAAGAGAUGAAGCAAGCUGAAGAAAAGAUGGCAGAAGAGAAAAAGAAGAGGGAAGAAGAUGUUCCUGUGAAACAGGAGAUCGCCACGCCCGGUCUGAAUACACCGCGCAGGACGCCUCACCGACUGGGAUUAUAA